AUGAGUGAUGAUGAUGAUGAAAGUCCUUUGAUUAGUGAAACUUAUAAUUGGGACCAACCAUUGUCUGAGAUAAUACGACCUAAGAAUCUUGAAGAUUAUAUUGGUCAAUCACAUCUUCUUCAUAAAGAUGGUCAAAUUAGUAAUUUUUUGAGAUUGAAAUAUUUACCUUCAAUGAUCUUAUAUGGACCUCCAGGUGUAGGUAAAACCACAAUUGCUUCGAUAUUAGCUACUGAAACAAACUAUGUAUUGGUUGAAAUGUCUGCUACUGAUGCUACGGUUGGAGAUUUGAAGAAAUUACUGGAAAUCAUCAAAAUUGAGAAUCUGAAACGUUAUCGUGAUAAGAAAGAUUAUCUUUCGGUAGUGGUAUUUAUUGAUGAAAUUCAUAGGUUUACUAUAUUACAACAAGAUUUCUUGUUACCAUUGAUUGAAUCAGGAGUGUUUGUAUUCAUCGGAGCUACUACGGUGAGGCCAAAUGUAAGAUUGAGAAGAGCUAUACUUUCAAGAUGUCAGGUAUUUCAAUUACUCCCACUAACCAAAGAAGAAUUAACUCAGGUAGUUAAGAAAGCGGUAUUAUUUGAGAAUAUUAGAAGAAAAUCCAAAGGGUUUGUAUUCCUUCUUUAUAAUAAUAAAACAUUGGAUCUUUUGGUGGAUAAAUGUAAGGGAGAUUCUAGAAGGUUAAUAAACUUUAUUGAAGUUUUGAGUGUGAAUUUCCAACAUUCAAAAUUUAAAGCCAGUGAUCCUUAUAGUUUGACAACUGAUGAAGUAGUGGAAGUCCUAAAGAAUCUUAUUGCCAUUGAUAGAAAUUUUGAUCUGAAGGAAACUUUUAGAGAAUUAUUUAAAGCUAUUGAAAACGUAAGAUUUAAAAGAUUUAAAAAUACAAAAUCGAGGCGUCAAGGGGUAAUUAAUGAUAAUAAUGAUAAUUUUUAUGGUAAUGAUUCCAAUUAUUACCUUCAACCCAAUGAUACCAAUCCAAAGUAUGCUCAACAGAUGGAAUUUAGUGAUAAUGAAUUUGACGAUAUACCUUAUACCUAUAAUGAUAAGACACAAACAACAUUCAGGAAUUUAUUGAGUGAUACAGAACUGGAUUAUGAAAGUAUUGAACCAACAAAUUCUAGAUUUCAAAUUGUCAAGUGUUUAAGAUUUUUAUUGGUUUUAAUUCACAACCAAGUUCCCACUGAAAUUAUUAUAAGGAGGUUAUUAUUAUUUGAAUUGUUAUAUAUUUGGAAUGAUUCUUCCUUGUUUAAGAUCAUGGGUUUGUUGAAAUCUAUAAGAACCACAAAUGUUAAUAUUUCCAAAAGCUUAAGCAGCUUAGUUGAUAAAUUAGCUAAAUUGAAGAAACGAAGGUUUCCAUUACACAAAUUGAGAUCAGCAAAGAAAUUCCUCAAGUCAAAAAACGUUAGAAAAGGUAUUAUCACCCCAGAAGUAUCAUUCGACGAUGAUGAAGUACAACGGUUAUUACAAGCACCCAAACAAACUCAAAUUAUCGAUACUCCGGUUCAAAUUGAUGAAUUGGAUUUCAAUGAUGCUGAUAUCAAUAUUGGCUUGGGCGAUCCAGAUUUGUUAGAAUCAUCAGCUCAAUCCCUGGAGGUAAUUGAAAUUGAUGAUUAA